CGGGUCGCUGAGCUGGUGGCUGGGUCCUCCAGAUAAAAUUGUUUGAAUUAUUCAAUUCAACUGUAUUUAUUGAUAUUGUGUCUUCAUUAAAUAUCUGAGCAGGAAAACUUCAACGCCAUCUUCAAAGAUGACGUCGAAAUUUAACAAGAACGCGAUCCUAUUGGGGUCUGCGUACUCCUCCUGCCUCGUUUGCGAUACUUACAUCUCAAGCGAAGUAGAUGCUGCGAAACAUAUCUUAAAGGAGGAGCAUAAAGCAAAUCUAGACGCAAGCCGUUUUGUGGAUGAGUUUGUCGAUGACUACAUCAGGAAGGUGAAGAAAGGAUUCUACUGUGAGCUCUGCAAUCAAUGUAUUGCAACGAUGGACAUAGGAAGGGUUCAUGUAUCGGAAAAUGAGCAUAUCCGUAGGAAGGAUACUUCUUGCUUCGAAUGCUUGGGAAACGACUUGAUUAUUUACAAAGACGUGGCCAUCACAAAAGAAGCAUGGAAUGGGAUUGUUGAGAACAAGUGCAUACUCUGCGACAUUCAAUGCGAUGAUAUGGAGGAUCACAUUUCUAACGCAGAUCAUCUUGCUAAGAUGCUGCAAGUCGAGGUGGAGUUUAGGAUCUAUAAUGGACUCUACAGAAUGAUGGACAACUCAUUCCAAUGCUUGACAUGCAACGAGGUUUUUAGGUUGGUGAAAACCUCAAUUCAAGCAUGUGUAACAACACAUUUUUUACGCUCCAAACAUAAGCAGAUACAAGAAAAACUGGCAAAGGCUGCAAAAGAUGCCACUGAUAUUGUACAACUUAAAGAGUUUGGUCAAUAUUUCAAUAAAAAUAAGUCGGAGCUUUCAAAGGAUCUGAUUAUUAAGAAGGAGACUAUGGAGCAAUUCAUCAAUAAUUUUUAUUCUAUCGAAGUGCCAUUUUUGGGAGGCACUGACAUUGUUAUCAAUACGAAAAUUGUCGUCAACGUUUUCAGCUUUUAUUUCAUAACAAAGGAUACUCUGAAAUGUAUGGCUUGCAAUGUCAAAUUGACGAUUGAUCAAAUCGACAGCCAUAACGUAACUUUGAAACACGAAACUGCGAUGAAGGAAACUCCAGUUAUUACGUUAAAGUCUGCCGAAGACGAGUUUAUCAGAGAGGUACGCCCUGAUGUUUACCACUGCGGUUUCUGCAAUAGCAUCGAACACGGCUUGGAUAAUAUGUUGGAGCACUUUGGUACCUUCGGCCACAGGGAAAGCAGGACUUCUGCCUCGUGGCGUCUUCACAUGUAUCUUGUGACCAAGAACAAGAACUAAAGACACGAUAAAAUUUCUUACAACAUAUAAUAUUUUACUAUUUAGAAUCUAACAUUCAACAUGCGUUAUUCGAUUAGGUUAUUAAGAAGCAAAGGAAAGUCCAAAGAAGCUGUGCAAGAUCGUUCUACAGAACGUUUUGGUGAAAAAUGGAAGAGAACAGGACCCAUAGUCAGUAGGCUUAUUGGAGUAUAUAGUCUCACAUAUACAUAUAGUCUUCAGUACAUGCAGGUUAUGUGUUGGGUGCGUUUCGUAAAUAUACGAUUCGGUUUGGACGGAUGCUGAAGCAGGUACCAUUUUUUUUAAAUUCCAGCCUUAUCUUAACGUUUGUUCAGUAAUGAGGUGAUUUUGUCAAUAAAUAUUAUCGAUAAUAAGGAAUUCAAAGCGCGUACAGAUUAAUAUCACCGUCCUUCAUUUUUCUCUUUCAUUUUGAGAUUCCGGUUUGAAGGGUAGAACAAUUUUUUCAACAAAACUCAGACUUUCGACUUCAUGUCUCUAGGCGGGCAGUGGUGUUCACAUUAAGAUGCGGUGAGCUGUGAGCUCAUCUGUCCAUUUAUGAGAACAAAAAAAAGAGUAGGUAGGUACCUACUUCGAAGUAAUUUCAAAUAACUUCGGAGGAUGGAGUUACAAUAAUAUACUAAGGAUGGAAUUAAAGGGUUUUUACAAAGGUUAUUUUUAAAAAGAAAGUCUGAAAGAGUAUUGGCGUCAAAAUUAUAAUAAUUUUUAUUAUUACAUUUUUAUUAUAAAAGAAUUACGAAUAUCUAUCUGUACACAAAUAAUUGAUGCUUAUUUUUUUGUUGUAUUUUGAUUGGGCUUCAUAGAAAAGUUAUCCAAUUUUGAUAUUCCUAUGAAAUUGUGGCUUGUAAUAAGUAGAACCUUGUAAUAGUAACAGGAAAGCGUGUAUAUUCAACAACAAGAAGAUACAUAAUUAUGUUGUACCUACCUGUACUACAAAUAUUGAUCUUUCAUCUGGAUAUUUCUAAUAUUUUGGUUGCGUAUCUCACAAAUACUACUGAACUGGCUGCGAUUAAACAUUUGUGCUGAUUGGACAAAAAAAAAUGAUAUCUGUUGUACCUUAUAUGUGUAUACAGAUAUGUGAUGAUGGGAACCGAAUAUAGAAAAGGCAACAUUUCUUCAUUACACAGAUGCAUGGAUUUGUGGUCCAUGUAAUCGAUAAUGCCAUAAUAAAAAACACAAUGGAUGAAAAUCAGUCUUACUUUGGGUCACGGUUGGCAGAGACUUCAACAUCACAGGUCAAAACAAAAUACGAAUGGGUGAUUUUAAAAACAGUUUGAUAAAGAUUACACUCAAAAUAUUCUCUUGGAUUAUCUUUCUAUUUCCAUGAUGCCAUGUUUUACAUUAUAUAUUGUCUGGCUCAAACUUUCUUAACACAAAAUAGGUUUAGCAUAGUAAGUGUGUAAUAUUGAUGUAUUGAAUAUAUUUCGAUACUUAGUAGAUUAUAUUAUUAUUGCUUUAUGUGUUUUUGUCAAUGUAUUUCUUAGAAAAACAUUUGGGUUAUUAUUAGAAAUACUACAACACUACUAUAAGAUCUAAAGUAGUAUGAAGUUUUCAAUAUGGCCUGUUGUACUUAAUAAAAAAAUUCAAUGUUGUGAUGGCCUAAACGUUUAGUUUUUACAUUAUGUAGGUACUCGUAGAUAUUAAGCCAAAACCACUGUUUUGUGGUAUAUUUAAAAUCUCCAAAAAGUAGAAUAUAACCAAGUUUAAUCUCAAUGUAAUCACUUUUAGACAUGCCCUUUUUUCUAUUUUAUGAUAGGAUAAGCUAUGUAACAGCUACUUAUUUAUGGAGCUAUUUAGAAUUGUGUAAUAGAAUAAAUGAAUGUGAAA